AAGGCGCCUACAACGACGCUGAAGACUACGACGAAGGCUGCUACCACAACUGCGAAGACUACGACGAAGGCUGCUACUACGACUAGUAAGGCUGCUACUACGACAUCGAAGGCUGCUACUACGACAUCGAAGGCUGCUACUACCACCACCAAAGUCUCGACAACCACCUCCAAGGCCGCCUCCACCACCACCAAAGCGACUUCCACUACGUCAAAAGCCUCAACAACCACCUCUCAGAAAUACACCGGUCCCACCGCACUCUACACCGGCCCCACCACCGGAAAACGCGGCCUCGCCUGGCCAUGGGACAACACCGAUCCAGUCUCCCUCUUCUCCACCCCAAAAGUCUCCUGGCUCUACGAUUGGUCACCCUCCCCCGUCGCCGCAAUUCCCUCCAACAUCGAAUUCGUCCCAAUGCAAUGGAACGGCGUCAACAUCCAAAACCUGGACGCGAUCGUCCAAGAGUACGCGUACGAACAUAUUCUCGGAUUCAAUGAGCCCGAGAGGACGGAUCAGAGUAAUAUGAAUGCGACGUAUGCUGCACAGUUGUGGAAACAAUACAUGAACCCCUUGUCGAAGAAGUAUGGUAUCAAACUCGGUGCGCCGGCCAUUACGAACGACCCGGAGGGAAUUCCGUGGAUCGUGGAUUUCUUCACCGCGUGUAAUGGCUCCUGCAUCGUCGAUUUCGUGCCGUUGCAUUGGUAUGGGACGACGCUCGGGUCGCUUUACGACUUUUUCUGGACUGUGUAUGGGGCCACUGGAAAUCAGUAUCCUGUGUGGAUUACGGAGUGGGCGUUUACAAAUUGGGAUACGACGAAUCCCAUGAACGCUACAGAAGUCGAGCCUUUGAUGGAGCAGGCGGUUGCGUACCUUGAUUCUGUUUCCAUUGUUGAGCGGUAUGCAUAUUUUGGUGCUAUGAGGAAUACGGGAAGUGUUGGGCCGGCUAGUCAGAUGAUUGGAAGUAAUGGGACGUUGACGUGGUUGGGUCAGCAGUAUGUUAAUAUUUAGAUGGAUAUUUUCUCUUUCUUAGAUAGAUAAUUCUUGCUGCGGAUCUCACCAGUUUGCCUAAAUUGGAUACCUCUGAUAUACUUUUCUUUCUUUCUACUUUCAAUUUCAUGGAGCAGUAUUGAGUAUGAGGCAC